UGGAACUAAACAAGGCCAGGCAUCCAGCCAAUAAAACCGACGGAAAGUCAAAUCAAGUUCACACGUACACGGUGCACCCCAAAAGGUCCGAGAAAGAGAAAUUUAAUUUCAACUCCAAGCUCAAACAAGUCAAAUGGCCCCUGUUCUUGUCCAAAGUAUACAGACACCUUCUUCCUCGCCAUUGCCAGACACCACCAACCAUCAUUGCCAGAUGAUCGCCGCCAUGGCCGUGCAUGCCCGGCCACUGCUCCUCUCCACCCUAACAUUCCUAGCAGUCCACGCGGCGACAGCAGCAGCAGCUGCUGCUGCCGCGACAAGCUGCGCGCCGAGGACAUGCGGCAACCUGACCAUCGCCUACCCGUUCUGGCUUCCGCCGGACCAGCAGCCUUCCUCCUCCUCCUCCUCCUCCUCCUCCUCGGCGCCGCCGUGCGGGCCGAGCGCCUUCCAGGUGGACUGCCGCGACGGCCGCGCGUCGCUGGCGCGCUCGUUCCGCGGCGCCUACAAGCUCCUCCGCGUGUCCUACGCCGACCGCACCGUCGUGGUGGCCAACGACAACGUCCAGACCGACGCCACCGGCUGCCCCGUGCCGCGCAUCGACGUCUCCGCCAGCCUCAGCUUCGCGCCCUUCACGGCCAGCAGCGCCAACGCGCAGCUCGUCUUCCUCUUCAACUGCACCGGCGGCGGCGGCAAGCCGCCGACGCCGGCCGGGUUCGUCAACGUGACGUGCCCGGGGGCGCAGGCCGUGGUGCGGCUCGACGCGAGGUACAACACCACCGACGCGAGGGCGGUGGCCGGGGGCUGCGACUACUCGGUCGUGCCGGUGAUGGUGGGGUCCAGCUCCGGCGGCGGUGCGAGCGCCGGGGACUAUCCGCGGCUGCUGAGGGACGGGUACCUGCUGGAAUGGCGGGCGUCGCCUGGGGACUGCACGGCGUGCAAUGCCAGCGGCGGCCAGUGCGGGUACGACUCCGGCGCGGAUGCGUUCGCCUGCAUUUGCGACGACGGGGCCUCGCGUCCGGCAAGAUGCGAUGCAAAGAAGUCCAACAGGAAGGUGAUUCUGAUAGUGUCUCUGACGAUCACAUUCGGCCUGUUGUUGGCACUCCUCGUCAUAAUCCUCAAGUUCCAUCGACAAAUACGCAGUUUCAGCUUAUUCAGCUUCAUGGACAGCAGCAGCAGCAGCAGCAAAGACACUGCAAACGUGGAAAAACUGCUGCAAAAGUACGGAUCACUCGCUCCCAAGCGAUACCGGUACUCCGAGCUGAAGAGAAUAACCAAAUCUUUCCAGCACAAGCUCGGGGAAGGCGGCUAUGGCGCUGUGUUCAGUGGCGUCCUGACCGCCGGCGGCAACCGCGCGCGCGAGGUCGCCGUCAAGAUCCUGCACCACUCGAGACCCAACGGCGAGGAGUUCCUGAACGAGGUGAUCAGCAUCGGCCGGACGUCCCACGUGAACAUCGUCACCCUCCUCGGGUUCUGCCUCGAGGGCUCCAGGCGCGCGCUGGUGUACGAGUACAUGCCCAACGGCUCGCUGGACAGGUACAUCUACUCCGUGCAGGACCCGGCGGCCGGCACGGCGCCGCCGUCGCUGGGGUGGGAGGCGCUGCAGGAGAUCGCCGCCGGCAUCGCGCGGGGGCUGGAGUACCUGCACGAGGGGUGCAGCACGCGGAUCAUCCACUUCGACAUCAAGCCCCAGAACGUGCUCCUGGACGCCGACCUCCGCCCCAAGAUCGCCGACUUCGGGAUGGCCAAGCUGUGCAACCCCAAGGAGAGCAUCCUGUCGAUGGCGGACGCGCGGGGCACCGUCGGGUUCAUCGCGCCCGAGGUCUUCUCCCGCGGGUUCGGUGUCGUCUCGACCAAGUCCGACGUGUACAGCUACGGGAUGCUGCUGCUCGAGAUGGUCGCCGGGAGGAGCAACGCCGCCAAGGCCUACGGCGCCGAGAACAAUAAGUCCAGCGGCGACCUCUUCUUCCCGCUCUGGGUGUACGACCACCUGCUCGAGGACGGCGGCGUGCUGCAGGGCGGUGACCAUGGCGCGGGAGCCGGCGCCGGAGCAGCAGGCGAGGAGAUCGCGAGGAAGAUGGCGCUGAUCGGGCUCUGGUGCAUCCAGACCGUGCCCGCGAGCAGGCCGUCCAUGAGCAGGGUGCUGGAGAUGCUGGAGAGGAGCAUCGACGAGCUCGCCAUGCCGCCCCGGCCGUACCACGCUUCUCCGUCCAACUCCCCGUCGCCGUCGCACCCGUCCAGCUAUCCGUCUUCCACCUCGGAUUUCACCCAACGCAGCUCUAGAUUGCGUACACCGGAGAGCACAGCCACAGCGUAACAUAAGCAUAACAAAAAGGAUUGAAGAAGAAAAGAAGAAUAACAGAUUGGCAACACGUACGUUGGUUUGUGCAGUUUGGGUAGAGGAGCAAAUACGGAGCAUGAACAUGAUGUAGUACAAAUGUAAUGUGUGCAGGUUAACGAUCUACGUAGUACAUAGGUUAGAUUAGAUGAUAGAGUAUAUAUAGAAUCAAAAAUAGGUUUGGUUAAUGCAAGCAACACGAAAGUUAAGAUGGCCGGUACAGGCAGGGAUUAUGUGUACGUAGUGCAAGGGAAGGGCCUGCCUGGGAGAGCCCCGUCAGCUCCAGAUUUAACUAAAAGAGAUUCAGAUCCAAAUUUU